AUGUCGGGAACGCUGGCAGAGGGGGCGCGGUGCCUCCACGAGGAUCUAGAGAGGCUCGAGCGGCGCGUGGUGGGCGAGCUGAAGGACGUGGCGUCGCACAGCGACCGCCUGGCGAAGCACCACCGCGCGAGGAAGAUGCUCGAGGCGGCGCAGCAGCGCGCGGCGAAGCUGCAGAAGAUAUACGAGGACGACGACGGGCUGCGGCGGGAGGAAAUCGCUCGCUUGGCGCGCAGCGACGGGAGGGGCACCGCGACGCAGGCGUACUUCGAGCGCGUGGCACAGCUGCGUGAGUACCACCGGAAGCUCGCGCAGGACGAGCUCACGGAGGAGGGGGACAACCUCGGAGCGUUGGUGGACGAGGCACAGGUGGAGUUCACGGGGCCGGAGGCCGGGGGGCGCUACCUGGACCUCAACGCGCUGCACAUUCGCUUCGUCAACGCGACCUUCGCGGACGGCAAACAUCCAGACUACCUCGAGUACCUCAGGACCUUCUCCGACUUCUCCGCCAUCGCCCCGGGCCGGAAACUCGGCGCGGAGUACCGCGAAUACCUCGAGGCUCUCCUGGCGUACCUCUCGAGCUUCUACACGCGGACGAACCCGCUCGGGCAGGUGGAGAAGCGCAUGGCGGCCCUGGAGCAGACGUUUCCUGAGGAGUGGGCGGCGCGCGAGGACGCGCACGGCUCCGAGGACGCGGCCGCGAAGGUCGCCCACAUCUGCGACCUCCACCAGGCGGACUCCCCCGCCGACGUCGCGCAGUUCGGCCCAGACGCGCUGAAAGACGCGCUCCAGGCGCUUGGGCUCAAGUGCGGGGGCACGCCGCAGCAGCGCGCGGAGCGCCUGUUCAGCGUGAAGGGCCGGAGGAUCGACGAGAUCGACCGCAAGCUGUUCGCGAAGGGCGCCGGGCCCGGGCCUGCGAGUCAGACGGAGAAGGCUCGCAAGGCGGCGUAUGCGGUGGCGCUGCUCGAGCGCAAGGUCGUGGAGCUGCGGAGCAUGCUCGCGGCGGCAGCGGAGGCGACGGUGGAGGCGACGGAGCGCAAGCAGGUGCAGACGUACGAGGAGCUGGAGGCGGAGCGGGCGGCAGCGCUGGAGGAGGAGGAGCCGGAGGGGGACGGGGAGGAGGGGGAGGACGACUCGCUGUACAACCCGCUGAAGAUUCCGCUCGGGUGGGACGGGAAGCCGAUCCCGGUGUGGCUGUACAAGCUGCAUGGGCUCAACCAGGAGUUCGAGUGCGAAAUCUGCGGGAACUUCUCGUACCGCGGUCGCAGGGCGUUCGAGCGGCACUUCACGGAGUGGCGGCACCAGCAGGGAAUGCGUUCGCUGGGCAUUCCGAACUCGAAGGAGUUUUUCGAGGUCACGCGGAUCAAGGACGCGCUCGAGCUGUGGAGCACGCUGCGCAAGAGUCAGGCCGGGGGGUUCAACCCGAACGAGCACGAGGAGUACGAGGACGGAGAGGGCAACGUGUACAGCAAGCGGACGUUCGAGGACCUCAAGCGGGAGGGCCUCAUCUGA